AAUGUAGUUUCAACUUUUGCCACUAGUAGCGCUACAAUUUAUUCUAAAAGGGAAAGCAUGGUUAGAAAUAAUAUUUUGAUCAUUGUAUUGUGUUUGAUUGGAAUUUUUGUAAACAGUAACAGUUAAAAGUAAUCGUUAAUUAUAUCAAUUAAUAUUUCUUCUAAAGAAAUAUUGUUUCAAAAAACGAAAGAGAAAUUCAGAUCCACACAAUCUAAAAUUCUGUAAAAUGUACUCUAGAUUACGUGGUAAAAAGAGAAGAAAUGUUAAUAAGUAUAUUAGUGAAGAUGAAGAAACUGAGGAUGAUGAGAAUGAUAAAAAUAUAAAUAAACGUACGAAUAGUGAUACUCGGAGAUACUUGUCACAGAAUAGUGGCACAAAACUAAUGAAAAAAAAUGCUACAAUAAUUGAGCGCAAUGCAUUUUCUCAAGGAAGUUCAAGCGAUCAUUCUGAAAGAUUGUCCAACGAAAAGAUGAAAAACGUAGGAUCCAGAAACGUAAAUGUACAAGAAGAAUUAGAUUUAGCUGGAAGAGUUAUACGAUAUAUAUUUACUGUGGAAAAGAAAAAGACCGCUAUAACAAAAGUACAAAUUAUUAAAAAUGUUCUUGAAGGAAAUACAAGGAACUUUGUUCAAAUUAUGAAAAGAGUUAAGUUGCUCUUAUCGCAGAUAUUCGGAUACCAACUGGUAGAUAUAAAUAACAGUAAAUACAUCAUGGUAAAUGAGAUCAACAACAGCAUACCGCAUUUGAAUUUUAACAAACCUACUAAAGCUGAACAAGUUCUUUUAUUUAUAAUACUUUGUCAUAUCUUUAUGUACGAAGAUGUAUGCACAGAAGAGAACUUGUUUGAUUUUUUAACACACUUGAAAAUUAUAAAGGAAGAUAAUUUUCAGCAUCAUUAUUUUGGAGAUGUUAAGAAACUAAUUACUAUGGAUUUUGUAGCGCAACAGUACCUUGAGAAAACAGUAUUAUAUAAAGGAGAUUGGCAAAAAUAUGAAUACAAAUGGGGACUUCGUGCAGAACAUGAAAUAUCUUAUCGUAGUAUCUUAGAAUUUGUAUCAAAGGUAUAUGGGGAAAGGCCGAUAAAUAGUUGGCCAUUACAAUACAAAACUAUGUUAGUGAAAGAACAAUCUAAUAAAACCUAAAUUUAAUCCAAAAUUUUUGAUUAUAAAAAAAUGUUUAUGUUUUGUAAUAAAAAUAUUUAAAUAUUAAUAGCAUAAAUUUGAAUAGC